ACGAGGGAGGGGAGGACAUGGUCUGCACAAUAUGCCAGGACGAGUGCUCCGAGGAGCCAAACGAGAUUGUCAUCUGCGACAAGUGUGGACAAGGAUAUCACCAGCUCUGCCACUCCCCCAUCAUCGACUCCAGUCUGAUCGACACCGACGAGAAGUGGCUCUGUGGGGAGUGUGUGUUGGCCACAACAACAAAUAAGGGCACGCUAAAGGGUCCCAGAGCCCAGCAGGAGAUGAACCACUCUUUGCCUUAUGCCCUGGAGUACCUGGUGUGGGACCAGGGCCACAAAACCAACAUCCAGCAAUGCUACUGCUACUGUGGAGGACCUGGAGACUGGUACCUGAAGAUGCUGCAGUGCAACAGGUGUAAGCAGUGGUUCCAUGAGGCGUGUAUCCAGUGUUUUAAGAUGCCCAUGCUCUAUGGAGACAGGUUCUAUCUAUUUAUUUGUUCAGUUUGCAAUAGUGGACCGGAGUACCUCAAACGACUGCCUCUUAGAUGGGUGGACGUUGCACACCUGAGCCUCUACAAUCUGAGUGUGAUUCACAAGAAGAAGUACUUUGAUUCCGAGCUGGAGCUGAUGACUUACAUCAACGACAACUGGGAUCAACUACAGCUCCGGGAGCUUUCAGCUACUCCUCAGUCGGAACGAUAUGAAAGUAUUCUGGAAGCACUGAAUAGCAACCACAGCAUGUUCAUGUCGGGGAAGGAGAUUAAGAAGAAGAAGCACCUCUUUGGGCUGAGGAUCCGUUUUCCUCCGGGUCCCCAGAGCUCUGAGGUGCUGGCCGACAGAGGGGAGCCAGAGAGGGCCUCCAAUGAGAUCAAAAUCAAAGGCAGGAAGGCUAUCCAACCGCUGACCAACACCAGUGAAUUAACCAAUGGAGUGGUGAAGAAAGCCAAAAAGAGGAAGAAGCAGGGAGGUCACUCGCUGGAGACUCUGGCCAAGCUAAGGCGCUCCAGUGAACUCUUGGCGCAGGAUGUGACGCCACCACAAUCACUUGAUUCCCACUCGUUGGAUCUCUUAGCCUCUAGCAGCAGGAGCGACAGAUCUCUGCCAUCCUCCAGUACCUCAGACGUGGACUCCGUCGGUGCCGUCAGCACCACUGAAACUACCUCAACUAACCUCUCCAGACAGUCCAGCCUGUCUAUCUCCAGUAAGACGCGCACGGGCCGCCACUGGCCCAUUGCCAAGCCCCCCCUGAAGAGAAGACGGGGCCGGCCACGACGGGUUCCCCUGCAGCCCCCCAACCAUGAGAUUCCCCCUCAACACCCAGGCCCCCAUGCCCCAGAGCCCCAAAACACCUUGCCGGGGCUCCACUCCACGGAUAUAGUGCACGGCCUGGUCCCAGGCGGCCAGCUGUCCCACCUCAAGAGCUCAAUCAGCAGCUACUUUGGGGCGGCAGGCCGCCUGGAGUGCGGGGAGAAGUACCGCGUCCUGGCCCGCCGGGUCACCCUGGACGGCAAGGUCCAGUACCUGGUAGAAUGGGAGGGUGUCACUGCCUCCUGAACGUCUCGCAGCGCUUACGUAGUUUAUUAUGUGUUUACACAGCGCUUAUAAAGCAUUAUACAACGAGCGGGUAUAAUCCUGAAUGCUGAUUGGUUAAAACUGCAUUCCAGCCAGUGUCUAUUCUGCAAGUUACCACUGGCUAAAUCUAUGACGUUAAAAUGCCUAUUUACUCAGUUCCAUCUGACUGCGCAAUCCACUGUCUCUUCAGCCCAGCCAAGCGAUUUAUAAACUUGGUCUCCACUAUAAAAAAGCAUCUAGAUAUUAUCUAACUUUUCUUUUAGACUAAUGUUUAGUUUUCAACAGCGGAGAUUUGUAUAAACCUUGCUGUCUGUCUCUGACAUUUGCAACAUUGUUUCAAUAUUCAAAUUCGGUCACCAG